AUGGCCAAGGUCCACCCCAACGCCAUGUCUCCACCAGAGCCCGGCACACCCGGCGGCGCCACCACUGGCCCGGCCCGGGCGGCGGCCGAGGGAGACGAGGCGCCCACGGUACUGACGGUGUGGCGCAAGUCGCUGCUCUUCAACUGCGACGGCUUCACCGUCUUCGACGCCCGCGGCGACCUCGCCUUCCGAGUCGACUGCUACGCCGGCUCCCGCAGGCGCCGCCGCCGCGCCGACGACGUCGUGCUCAUGGACGCCCGGGGGAAGCCGCUCCUCACGGUCCGCCGCAAGACGCGCCUCGGCCUGGCCGAGUGCUGCUGGGUCAUCUACGACGGCGACGCCGACGCCGACAAGAGCGCCACGCCGCUGCUCUCCGUCCGCCGCCACGCCGCCGGCCGCCGCCUCCUCGGCGCCACCAGCGCCGGCAAGACGCUGGCGCGCGUCGCCACACCGGGGGCCGAGGCGGCGGCGGCGGCGCCAUACGUGGUGGAGGGCUCCUACGGGCGCCGUGCCUGCGCGGUGCGCGACGCCGCGCGCGGGGGCGCCGUCGUGGCCGAGGUGCAGAGGAAGGAGGCCGUCGGCGACGACGUGUUCCGCCUCGUCGUGCCGGGGCCACGCCUCGGCGCGCAGCUGGCCAUGGCGCUCGUCAUCGCCCUUGACGACAUGUGCCGCGGCAGCGGUGCCGGCGCCUGCGGCUGGUUGGCGCGGUCGCUGCUGCGCAGGACCUUGUCGGCGUAG